AGUCCUUAAAUGCCCUGGAAGACCAAGAUUUAGACACCCUCAUGGCAGAUUUGGUAGCAGAUAUAAGUGAAGCUGAGCAGAGAACCAUCCAGGCUCAGAAAGAGUCCUCCCAGAAUCAGCACCACUCAGCGCUUCAGGAGGCAUCAGAUGGCUGGGUUGCAGCGUCACUUGGUUAUGGAGCAAGUGCUGCUGCAGCUGGUGUUGGCCACUAUGAAGAUGCUUUACCACCUCCACCAGCAGAACCCAUGUUAGACCUUCCACCACCUCCACCACCUCCACCACCUCCUGAACCUCUCUCUAAAGAAGAAGAAGAAGCCCAAGCAAAGGCUAAUAAAAUUAAAUUAGCACUGGAAAAACUGAAGGAAGCCAAGGUCAAGAAGCUUGUGGUUAAGGUGCAUAUGGACGAUAAUAGUACCAAGUCACUGAUGGUGGAUGAGCGACAGUUGGCUCGGGAUGUUCUGGACAAUCUUUUUGAAAAAACCCAUUGUGACUGCAAUGUGGACUGGUGUCUUUAUGAAAUAUAUCCCGAAUUGCAAAUUGAGAGAAUUUUUGAAGACCAUGAAAAUGUUGUUGAAGUUUUAUCACACUGGACAAGAGACACAGAAAACAAAGUACUGUUUUUGGAGAAAGAGGAAAAAUAUGCUGUGUUUAAAAAUCCUCAGAAUUUCUACUUGGAUAACAAGGGGAAAAAAGAAAACAAAGAAACCAACGAGAAAAUGAAUGCUAAAAACAAAGAAACCUUACUUGAGGAAAGUUUCUGUGGCACAUCCAUCAUCGUACCAGAACUCGAAGGAGCUCUUUAUUUGAAAGAAGAUGGAAAGAAAUCCUGGAAACGGCGCUACUUUCUUCUGAGGGCUUCUGGAAUUUAUUAUGUUCCCAAAGGAAAGACAAAGACAUCCCGAGAUCUGGCGUGUUUUAUACAGUUUGAAAAUGUAAACAUUUACUAUGGGAUUCAGUGUAAACUGAAAUACAAAGCACCCACUGACCACUGCUUUGUUCUAAAGCAUCCUCAAAUCCAGAAGGAAUCUCAUUAUAUCAAAUAUCUCUGCUGUGAUGAUGCAAGAACUCUCGGACAGUGGGUUAUGGGAAUAAGGAUUGCCAAGUAUGGGAAGACCCUCUAUGACAACUACCAGCGGGCUGUAGCAAAAGCUGGACUUGCCUCUCGGUGGACGAACCUGGGGACUGUUGGUACAGCAAUGCCAGCUCAGACUAGUACAGGACUUAAAACAGGCACCAGCCAGCCCAAUGGUCAGAUUCCCCAGGCAGUGCCUUCUGUUGGUGCUCUUCUCCAAGAGGCCCAGACACAAGUUGAAACAACUAAGGAGGAGAAGCAAGGCUUGGGUAACCACUACCCAGGUGCAACCAAAGAGAAUCAUCGCCUGAAGUCCAGCCUGCCACCACCCCCUCCAGUAAGACGAUCUUCGGACACCUGUGGCAGCCCUGCCUUACCACCAAAGUCCAAGGGCCUUGGUAGCAGCGCCUUCCCCGCCCCGCCCGACGACUUCCUGCCCCCACCCCCGCCACCACCACCCGAGGAGGACAGCGACAGCGAGUUACCUCCACCACCUCCAAGCCUCCUGGAGGAGCCACCGGACUUUGUGCCACCACCCCCAAGGGCUGCGGCCUUUGAAGGCUCUGAAUUGCCACCACCACCACCACCCCCUCCCUGUCUCUCCCAGGAGACGACGACCAUGUCAUCUCCAAUGCCCCCCAAAAAGCCCCCAGUCCCCAAGAGGCAAGAGAACCAAGGACUCCCCGGUGCAGCAGGAAGCGGCGAGCAAGAUUUCAUGUCAGACCUCAUGAAAGCUUUGCAAAAGAAAAGAGGCAAUGUGCCCUAGGGAUAUAUGUUAGUGUCUGUGAUCAUUUCUAAUUUGAUCCAUGUUUUUGGUACUCUAUUGCUGUGGCAUCUUGAUCAUUUUAGUAAAAUGUUUUCUGACUAGAAAUCAUGUAAAACUCUUCACAGUUGUAAAUAUUAUGUUCACAUCCAUUAAGGCAGCUGAGGUUUUCAAACUAACUACAUCCAUCCAAGCACAUACAUGUACAUCCCGUAUGUUUUCACCUGAGUGGAUUUCAUCUUGCAGUCCAGGCUUCCUGAAAUGAUAUUCUAGGUUCGUUUUAUUGUAUUCAGAAGGCUCAAUUUUUAAAAUUAAAUUUUGUCGGAAAAUCCUUCUGGAAAUAGUGUAUUAAAUUUUGGAUGGUGACAACA